CUACAAGGUGGGGUCCGAAGACCCUGUAUUAAGCACCCAUAGUCAACUGGGGAUACAACCCCUAAAGACAGCACACCCACCAUGUUUAACCUCAUGAAGAAAGAUAAGGACAAAGAUGGCGGGCGGAAGGAGAAGAAGGAAAAAAAGGAGAAGAAGGAGAGGAUGUCUGCUGCAGAACUGCGGAGCCUGGAAGAGAUGAGCAUGCGCCGUGGCUUUUUCAACUUGAACCGGUCCUCCAAGCGGGAAUCCAAGACGCGCCUGGAAAUCUCCAACCCCAUCCCUAUCAAGGUGGCCAGUGGCUCUGAUCUGCACUUGACCGACAUUGACUCUGACAGCAAUAGGGGUAGCAUCAUCCUGGACUCAGGCCACCUAAGCACAGCUAGCUCCAGUGAUGACCUCAAGGGUGAAGAAGGCAGCUUCCGGGGCUCUGUGCUGCAGCGGGCAGCCAAGUUUGGUUCACUGGCCAAGCAGAACUCUCAGAUGAUUGUCAAACGUUUUUCCUUCUCUCAACGGAGCCGGGAUGAGAGUGCCUCAGAGACCUCAACCCCCUCAGAGCACUCUGCAGCCCCAUCACCUCAGGUAGAGGUGAGGACGCUUGAGGGACAGCUAAUACAGCAUUCUGCGCUAGGCAUCCCUCGACCAGGACCACGAUCUCGAGUCCCUGAGCUGGUAACAAAAAGAUUCCCAGCUGACCUACGUCUCCCUGCUCUGGUACCUCCACCACCUCCUGCUCUCCGGGAGCUGGAGUUACAGCGACGACCCACAGGAGACUUUGGCUUCUCACUGAGGCGCACAACCAUGCUGGACCGGGCCCCUGAGGGUCAGGCAUAUCGACGGGUGGUUCACUUUGCUGAGCCAGGGGCAGGCACCAAGGACCUGGCCUUGGGGCUGGUGCCAGGAGAUCGACUGGUGGAGAUUAAUGGACAGAAUGUGGAGAAUAAGUCCAGGGAUGAAAUCGUGGAGAUGAUCCGGCAGUCUGGGGAGAGCGUGCGGCUCAAAGUACAGCCCAUCCCAGAGCUUAGCGAGCUGAGCCGGAGCUGGCUUCGGACUGGCGAGGGACACCGCAGGGAGCCGGCUGAUCUGGACCCCGAGGCCGCCUCUCCUGCCCACAGCCAGGCCAAGUCGGAAGAGCAGAUUGCCGCUGAGGAGGCCUGGUAUGAGACGGAGAAGGUGUGGCUGGUCCAUAGGGAUGGAUUCUCCUUAGCCAGCCAGCUCAAGUCAGAGGAGCUCAGCCCACCUGAGGGAAAGGUGCGUGUGAAACUGGACCAUGAUGGAGCUGUCCUGGACGUGGAUGAAGAUGAUAUAGAGAAGGCUAAUGCUCCCUCGUGUGACCGGCUUGAAGAUCUGGCCUCACUGGUGUACCUCAACGAGUCUAGCGUCCUGCAUACACUGCGCCAGCGCUAUGGGGCUAGCCUGCUACACACCUAUGCUGGCCCUAGCCUGCUUGUCCUUAGCCCCCGAGGGGCUCCUGCUGUGUAUUCAGAGAAGGUGAUGCACAUGUUCAAGGGGUGUCGGCGGGAGGACAUGGCACCCCACAUCUACGCGGUAGCCCAGACUGCAUAUAGGGCGAUGUUGAUGAGUCGUCAGGACCAGUCCAUUGUCCUUCUGGGUAGUAGUGGCAGUGGCAAGACUACCAGCUUUCAGCAUCUGGUGCAGUAUCUGGCUACCAUUGCGGGCACCAGCGGGACCAAGGUGUUCUCAGUGGAGAAGUGGCAGGCUCUGUCCACCCUCCUUGAAGCCUUUGGGAACAGCCCGACCAUCAUGAAUGGCAGUGCCACCCGCUUCUCCCAGAUCCUCUCCCUGGACUUUGACCAAGCUGGCCAGGUGGCUUCGGCCUCCAUCCAGACAAUGCUCCUGGAGAAGCUGCGUGUGGCCCGACGCCCAGCCAGUGAGGCUACUUUCAAUGUCUUCUACUACUUGCUGGCCUGUGGGGAUGCCACCCUUAGGACAGAGCUCCACCUGAACCAUUUGGCUGAGAACAAUGUGUUUGGAAUUGUGCCAUUGUCCAAGCCUGAGGAGAAGCAGAAGGCUGCUCAGCAGUUCAGUAAGCUACAGACAGCCAUGAAGUUGCUGGCCAUCUCCCCUGAGGAGCAGAAGGCCUGCUGGCUCAUCCUGGCUUCCAUCUACCACUUGGGGGCUGCUGGAGCUACCAAAGAAGCCGCUGAAGCUGGACGAAAGCAGUUUGCCCGCCAUGAAUGGGCCCAGAAGGCCGCAUACCUGCUGGGCUGCAGCUUGGAAGAGCUGUCCUCAGCUAUCUUCAAGCACCAGCUAAAAGGUGGCACCCUGCAACGGUCCACAUCCUUCCGUCAGGGCCCUGAGGAGAGCGGCCUGGGAGAAGGCACCAAACUGAGUGCUCUGGAGUGCUUAGAGGGCAUGGCGUCGGGCCUCUACAGCGAGCUCUUCACUCUCCUCAUCUCCCUGGUAAACAGGGCUCUCAAGUCCAGCCAGCACUCACUCUGUUCCAUGAUGAUCGUGGAUACACCUGGCUUCCAGAACCCUGAAUGGGGUGGCUCAGCCCGCGGAGCCUCCUUCGAGGAGCUAUGCCACAACUAUGCCCAGGACAGGCUGCAGAGGCUGUUCCAUGAGCGCACUUUCCUCCAGGAGUUGGAGAAAUACAAGGAGGACAACAUCGAGGUGGCGUUUGAUGACUUGGAGCCUGUCACAGACGACGCCGUGGCUGCUGUGGACCAGGCUUCCCACCAGUCCCUGGUUCGCUCGUUGGCCCAUGCCGAUGAGGCAAGAGGACUACUGUGGCUCCUGGAAGAGGAGGCACUGGUGCCAGGUGCGACGGAGGAUGCCCUCCUGGACCGUCUUUUCUCUUAUUAUGGCCCCCAGGAAGGUGACAAAAAGGGCCAGAGUCCUCUUCUGCGCAGUAGCAAACCACGGCACUUUCUCCUGGGCCACAGCCAUGGUACCAACUGGGUGGAGUACAACGUGGCUGGCUGGCUGAACUACACCAAGCAGAACCCAGCCACCCAGAAUGCACCUCGGCUCCUGCAGGACUCCCAGAAAAAGAUCAUCAGUAACCUGUUUCUGGGCCGGGCAGGCAGUGCCACCGUGCUCUCAGGCUCGAUUGCAGGCCUGGAAGGUGGCUCCCAGCUGGCCUUACGCCGAGCAACUAGCAUGAGGAAAACCUUUACCACGGGCAUGGCAGCUGUCAAGAAGAAGUCACUGUGCAUACAGAUUAAGCUGCAAGUGGAUGCCCUCAUUGAUACCAUCAAGAGGUCCAAGAUUCAUUUCGUGCACUGCUUCCUUCCUGUGGCCGAGGGUUGGCCUGGGGAGCCCCGAUCUGCCUCUUCCCGCCGAGUUAGCAGCAGCAGUGAGCUGGACCUGCCCCCGGGAGACUCCUGGGAGGCUGGGCUGCUACAACUGGAUGUGUCCCUGCUCCGUGCCCAGCUCCGGGGAUCCCGCCUGCUUGAUGCAAUGCGCAUGUACCGUCAAGGUUACCCAGACCACAUGGUGUUUUCUGAGUUCCGCCGGCGCUUUGAUGUCCUGGCUCCACACUUGACCAAGAAACAUGGACGUAACUACAUUGUGGUGGAUGAGAAGCGGGCUGUGGAGGAGCUACUGGAGUCCCUGGACCUGGAAAAGAGCAGCUGCUGCAUGGGCCUGAGUCGGGUGUUCUUCCGGGCAGGCACGUUGGCACGGUUGGAAGAGCAACGAGACGAGCAAACCAGCAGGCACCUGACCCUGUUCCAGGCGGCCUGCAGGGGCUACCUUGCCCGCCAGCACUUCAAGAAGAGAAAGAUCCAGGACCUGGCCAUUCGCUGUGUGCAGAAGAACAUCAAGAAGAACAAGGGGGUGAAGGACUGGUCCUGGUGGAAACUCUUCACCACUGUGCGGCCCCUCAUCCAAGUUCAGCUGUCAGAAGAGCAGAUCCGAAACAAAGACGAGGAGAUCCAGCAGCUGCGUGGCAAGCUUGAGAAGGUGGAGAAGGAGAGGAACGAGCUCCGGCUCAACAGUGACCGGCUGGAGACCCGGAUCUCAGAGCUGACAUCGGAGCUGACUGAUGAACGCAACACAGGAGAGUCCGCCUCCCAGCUGCUGGAUGCGGAGACAGCUGAGAGGCUCCGGACCGAGAAGGAGAUGAAAGAGCUACAGACUCAGUAUGAUGCACUGAAGAAGCAGAUGGAAGUGAUGGAGAUGGAGGUGAUGGAGGCCCGGCUCAUUCGGGCAGCCGAGAUCAACGGGGAGGUGGAUGAUGAUGAUGCAGGGGGAGAGUGGAGGCUGAAGUAUGAACGAGCUGUUCGGGAGGUGGACUUCACCAAGAAGCGGCUCCAGCAGGAGCUGGAAGAUAAGAUGGAGGUGGAGCAGCAGAGCCGGAGGCAGCUGGAGAGGCGGCUUGGGGACCUGCAGGCAGAUAGCGAUGAGAGUCAGCGGGCACUGCAGCAGCUCAAGAAGAAGUGCCAAAGGCUCACAGCUGAGCUGCAGGACACCAAGCUGCACCUGGAGGGCCAGCAGGUCCGAAACCACGAGCUGGAGAAGAAGCAGAGGAGGUUUGACAGUGAGCUUUCCCAGGCACACGAGGAGAGCCAGCGGGAGAAGCUGCAGAGGGAGAAGCUUCAGCGGGAGAAGGACAUGCUCCUGGCUGAGGCUUUCAGCUUGAAGCAGCAACUGGAGGAAAAAGACUUGGACAUUGCAGGCUUCACCCAGAAGGUUGUUUCCUUGGAAGCCGAGCUUCAGGACAUUUCUUCUCAAGAGUCUAAGGACGAGGCUUCGCUGGCCAAGGUCAGGAAGCAGCUCCGGGACUUGGAAGCCAAGGUCAAAGAUCAGGAAGAGGAGCUGGAUGAGCAGGCUGGGAGCAUACAGAUGCUGGAGCAGGCCAAGCUGCGUCUGGAGAUGGAGAUGGAGAGGAUGAGACAGACCCAUUCCAAGGAGAUGGAGAGUAGGGAUGAGGAGGUGGAAGAGGCCCGGCAGUCAUGUCAGAAGAAGUUGAAACAAAUGGAAGUGCAGCUUGAGGAGGAGUACGAAGACAAGCAGAAGGCGCUGCGGGAGAAACGGGAGCUGGAGAGCAAGCUCUCCGCGCUCAGUGACCAGGUGAACCAGCGGGACUUUGAAUCCGAGAAACGGCUACGAAAAGACCUGAAGCGCACCAAAGCGCUGCUGGCAGAUGCCCAGAUCAUGCUGGACCACUUAAAGAACAAUGCCCCCAGCAAGAGGGAGAUUGCCCAGCUGAAGAACCAGCUGGAAGAGUCGGAAUUCACCUGUGCAGCAGCUGUAAAGGCACGGAAAGCAAUGGAGGUGGAGAUGGAAGACCUGCACCUGCAGAUUGAUGACAUCGCCAAAGCCAAGACAGCGCUGGAGGAGCAACUGAGUCGCCUUCAGCGUGAGAAAAACGAGAUUCAAAACCGGCUGGAAGAGGAUCAGGAGGAUAUGAAUGAGCUGAUGAAGAAGCACAAGGCGGCCGUGGCCCAGGCCUCCCGGGACAUGGCACAGAUGAAUGAUCUCCAAGCUCAGCUCGAAGAGUCCAACAAGGAGAAGCAAGAGCUACAGGAGAAGCUACAAGCUCUGCAGAGCCAGGUGGAGUUCCUGGAGCAGUCCAUGGUGGACAAGUCCCUUGUCAGCAGGCAGGAAGCGAAGAUCAGGGAGUUGGAGACACGCCUGGAGUUCGAAAAAACCCAAGUGAAACGUCUGGAGAGCCUGGCCAGUCGGCUCAAAGAAAACAUGGAGAAGCUAACUGAGGAACGGGACCAGCGCACUGCAGCUGAGAACCGUGAGAAGGAGCAGAACAAGAGGCUCCAGCGACAGCUUCGUGACACCAAGGAGGAGAUGAGUGAGCUUGCCAGGAAGGAAGCUGAGGCUAGCCGCAAGAAGCAUGAACUGGAGAUGGACCUGGAGAGCCUGGAAGCUGCUAACCAAAGCCUGCAGGCUGACCUAAAGCUGGCAUUCAAACGCAUUGGGGACUUGCAAGCCGCCAUUGAGGAUGAGAUGGAGAGUGACGAGAAUGAGGACCUGAUCAACAGUGAGGGGGACUCAGAUGUGGACUCAGAGCUGGAGGACCGGGUCGACGGGGUCAAGUCCUGGUUGUCAAAGAACAAGGGACCUUCUAAGGCGCCUUCUGACGAUGGCAGCUUAAAGAGUUCCAGCCCAACCAGCCACUGGAAGUCCCUCGCCCCUGACCUAUCAGAUGAUGAGCACGAUCCUGUGGACAGCAUCUCCAGACCCCGGUUCUCCCACAACUAUCUGAGUGACAGCGACACAGAGGCCAAGCUGACAGAGACCAAUGCAUAGCCUGGGAUGGCUCAUGGCCCUCCCACCCCACAGCCUCUCCCAGGAAAUAGAGGGGUACCACUGCCCCCAUUUGACUGACGAUCUUCAUGGAAAACACCUCGGCUUUCUGCCAGGGGGACUCUCCAGGCUGUGGGUGUCUGAUAGCUCCACAUGGAAGAGGUGGGAGAAGCAGAGUCUCUGCAAAGAGAGCUUCUACUCUUGCCUCAGAAUGCCAUGCUCUUAGCUCCCUCCCUGGGCCGCUAUGGAUAUGUCAAGUGUCCUGGCACUCCAUGGAGCCGGUAGUGGACCUCCAUCUCAGCCUCCUGCUCAGGGAUGGUGGAUAGGUUACCUGCUGGACGGCUUGAAGUUGAUGGGCCCACGGGAAAGAGUCAGGAGGGAGCAGCAAUGCCUCCCCUCUGCUGGGGUGAGGGCUUUCUCUUCUCAGUGCCUGCUGUCUUUUUACUGUUUAAUUUAAAUACCCAAACCUCCAUGCAGCUGGAUCCCUGAGAGUGGGAGGGGCUGCUGCAGCUGGGCCCUGUGGGAUGCCUUGGGAAUCUCCUCUCCAUCUUCACUUCUUCAGAGGCCCUUUCUCAUGCAGCCUCCUGCCAGGAGACACUGGUGAGCCGAGCUGGGGCCCUGGUUCUUAGGAGACUGCAGGGUGGGGAGAAUGGCAGCUGGGUGCUUCUGGCUUGGACCGAGCAAGCCUUGUUGGAGUAUUAAGUGCAAUGAGCAAUUAUUUAAGAGCUGAUCUCUUCCACCUGCACCCACCCAUGGUUUCCAGCACUGCCUUCCUCUGACCGUAUUAUAGCCGGCCACUCAUUAGGCACUGAAGGCUUGUGGUGGGCACAGUGGAAGGUAGAUGUUUUGGUCUGUUUAUCAGACUAGAGUCCUAACCCUCUGUCAUCUUUCUCCUGCCCAUAACCCUGUUCCCACACACUUAUCCCAGAUACAGCAACAAGUGGUCUGGAUAUCUCAGUCAUUUACCAUAAAGGUCAUCCUGACCGUUCCACCGGAUUUGGGGGCCCAAAGGCAGUACCUGGUGCUGGACCCAUUUGCCAUCGCCCUUCCCUUCUGCAGUUGCUUUGUACUCAUCGGGCUGUGCUCUCCCUGUGGACCUGAUUGAUGUAAGGAAAUAAAAGGCCCCUUCCCUCCUGGC